AUGAUCUCCCAAACCAUCGUUAAUGUUCCUGCUCAAUCCAUAGGACCUAUAGCGACGGACAAACCUGCUCCUGCUGGUGGCGACGUAGCAACGGAUUCUCCUCUAACCUCUUUCUUCGCGGAUCUGUCAUCACCGUAUCCUACGAACAGUUGGUGGGCGGGUUAUGCUGCUUCUCCUGGGAAUGCUGUCUGUGCGGGACCGUUCCCUUAUGAGACGAGUUUGACUUCGAGUGCAAUUCAGUUCGGAGUAUCGACCAGUCGUGAUUUUGAUGGGACGUCUAUCCAUCAACCCACCCAGACGGAUUGGUUGGCCGGCUUUGUUGAGCAUUCUGGAGCAGCGAGUGAUCAUAAAGCGACAGGUUGGGACACACAAUCGGUCACGGUGCAAUAUUUCACAGGCUCAAGCACAAUGACGAGCUACCUCGUACCUGGAUCUCCAUAUCUAACGUUCGAAUAUUCCAGCGCCACACCGUUGUUCACGAGUGGUCAAGAGUCCAUCACCUCGUUCAACAACGAGACUCUAGCGACCGGAGCUUCGUCUACCCAAACCGCUUCUAAGUUCAGUGUCACAAACAGCAUCGGCACCUACCUGAUAUACUCUUUAUCCGGUGAUCUGACGCUCACCGCUGCAUCCAAUACCACAUCCGGGACUGUCACCGCCUCGGCACCUUUCACUGGUAUCCUUCGCUUGGUAAAACUCAACGACUCCUCUCACGAAGCAUUGUUGGACCAGUAUUACGAGAACUACCCUGUUGGCGUGGACACAGACUAUACUUUCGAUACCGAUGCAAACACGGCCGUGUUGAGCUUUACAUGGAAUGUGACGGGAGACGAGGAUAGUUUGUUGAUGCUGACGUGGCCUCACCAUAGGAUGAAGAUGGUGUCACCAAACUUUCCCGCGACAACAGCGCUCAACUACCUGACCACCAAAGGCUACAUGUAUCCUGCCAUCGGAAAUGUCUGGAACAUGCAAUACGAUCUACCCACAAUCGAUUGGAAUGCCCCUCGCGCACCCGAUAGUUCCUGCUCGUCCACUAUUAUCCAAGGCCUCGAAUACGAGAUCGGGCAGUUGAAUGCUUCAGAGCCAAGCGUCCCGGGCGACUUCUAUUAUUGGGGCGGGAGUAUGGCUGCGCAGUCCAGAUUAGCGUUGAUCGCCGAUGCAAUGGGAAGAAGCGACCUCAUCCCACAGGUUAUCGAUUACAUGGAGGCUAGCUUUGCCUAUUGGUUCGACUCAAGCUCAACCAUCCUUCCGGCUUACGAGACGAACUGGGGAGGGAUCGUGAACAACGAGGGAGCAACUGAUGUAAACGUAGAUUUUGGAAAUGGGUACUACAAUGACCACCAUUUCCACUACGGCUAUUUCCUUGCAUCUGCUGCCGUUGUUGCAAAGUACGAUAGCGCUUGGCUGAGUGCACACGAGACUGAAAUUAACUGGUUCCUUCGUGAUAUUGCCAACCCUUCGACGGCGGAUCCAUACUUCCCCAUCGCUCGCUGCCGCGACUUUUUUGCUGGCCAUUCCUGGGCUUCCGGAAUCGCCAAUGGCGCGGGCUCCCGCGAUCAAGAAUCCACCGGAGAAGCCAUCAAUGGCUACUACGGAGCCAUGCUCUGGGCUGAAGUCACUGGAAAUACAGACAUGAAGAACUAUGCCGCUCUCUUACUUGCGACCGAGCAGCAUGCGGCGCAGACGUACUGGCAUAUGUACCCGCAGACGAGUGGUACCGACAGGGAUCAGCCAUACCCAGAGGAUGCGAUCAGGGAUCUGGUUACCAUAGGCAACGUUGAAGACUGGCAGUCCGGUGCUUGGCUGUUCUGGGGAGACCAGAAGGUCGAGAUCGCUGCUAUCCAGAUACUUCCCGUUACGCCUGUGAACGAGUAUCUGUACGACACGCAGUGGGUACAGAACAUUUGGUCAUAUGCUUCAGACGAGAUCAACAAUGCAACCUUCGCUGAUGAAUGGAAAUGCGUGAUAUACUGUGCAUACAGCAACUUCGAUCCAGUCACCGCUAUGUCCAUGUCAACCGAGUUAACUGACUGGGGUACUGGAAAUACGUUCACUAACCAGGUCUAUUUCAUUGCCACCCGUCCAAACACGUCUGGUCAGGCUCUCUGUACCGAUGGCUCUGCAAACCCCCUCGGAAAUUUCACGAUCCAGUCAGCCGACACCAACAAUUACGUCGGCGCCUCCGCCGCCAACACCAAUCUCGUCGCCAACUCCUCGUCUUCAUCGGAUGCUGCCGUCUUCAACUUUGCAUUCACCCCUAACGCUGGUACUAUCCAGCUCGAGUCAACUUCUCAAUACGUGACGGCAGAUUCUUCAGGAAACUUUACACUCGCAGCUAUCAGGGCCACUGCCUCGACCUGGGAGACGUUCCUCAUUCGCCAGAAGACGGGAGCUGCGACUGGGGUUUAUACGAUCAAGGCGACGUCGAAUGGCCUAUGGAUUACGUUGGGUAGUGAUGGAAGUUUGAUCAACAACGGGGAGACAGAAAGUGCGGGUUCUGGGUUUUUGUUCAACGCUACCUGA